UCUAGGCCUAGGCAAUGCUAUAACAAUUGCUGAUUAGUUCCGCCGUUAACAUCAUACUUACAUACAUCUUGUGUGAAUAAACUAGUGUGUGAACAUAUAAUAGAAUCGAAUAGGAAUACAACAAGCAUCAUCAUACGAUAAAACAUUGUUUUAGCUAUAUAACAAAAAAAAAAAACAAACUCUCCUAUUGUGUGGAAACUUGGUUUAUGAGAAUCAAAAGUCGGAAGUAGGAAACUAAUUAAUCACAUCUAUGCUCCUAUUGUAAACCAACCCUUUUCACACUUUCAUAACGUCUGGUGAAAAUGAUGUCACUUUGGAAUCAGGCUAUUUUGGAGCGACCGCCGUAUACAACAUGGCAAAUUAAACCACUAGAUGCUAAAAAGACUGGUGUUGAUGUAUCUCGAUUUGAAAAGACAUUGAAUGCAGUGAUCUAUGAUUUGGAAUCAAUGGAUGACUUACAUAGAAAUGUUGCAGUCCUAAGCCGCUUGAUUUAUCGAAUGAAGAACAAAUUUCGAAACGAUAAAGGCUUCAUGUCCAUGGCCAAAUUGGGUAAAGCGUUGAACAACUGUUACAGAAUGUGUCUGAAGAAUGAUUAUGUGACUUUGAAAUCUCUUACUCAAUUGAAAGACCAAAUAUACAGUUUACCUAGUAGACAAAAUUUGGAGUAUGUACUUGUGAGAACGCAAGGCUUUGGGAAGCUCAUGACCAGGAUAGAAGUUAUGUCAAGGAUUGCCUCGCAUCACUUUAUAGCUAGGCUGAGGUUGGGUCAUGCAUGGAGUGUUGCUUUAGUAGCAUUAGCCACUGUAUGCAGAAUUUGGUUCCAUGCAAGAGAUAUAAUUUCGAAAUGUUGCUUCUGGUACCAUGAGCUGUAUCAAUGUGCAUCACAGUUUCAAUAUGUGGGUGCAAGAUCCUGGCUUCCAAAUGAUCAAAGCUUACCAUAUGACUUAAAAUCGUGGCUAUGUAUGGACUGGGAAGACAGGGAUUUGUUCCACAAUUCAUCUACUGGGCAACAAUUAAUUGAAAAAAUCAUUUCCAAAGAAUAUAAUAACUUAGUACCGGAUGAAGAGAUUGAUGACUCAGAGACAAAUGAUUCAAGAUUAAUACAAAAUACCAAGGUUACUUUGAACAAUAACAUGAAAAAUAAUUCUUUAUCAAAUAAUGACGCGGACGAUAUUGGAGAAAUAGUGAAUCGACAGACUUUUGCGAAUAGUAGCAGCAGCAAUCUUCCACCAAAUGAUGGACUCACAGCAAUAAAACGUAAUCGCGGCAUGGAUGCUCAUCAAGGAAAGUGCUUUAAAAAAUCAAGAAAUCAAAGAAAACAGAAACAAUGUUAUAGAAAAUGAUAUUAAAAAAAAAAUUGUAUCUUUUGUACACUGGAGUCAACUUGGCAACAAUAAAAUUUGUGCAAGUUGUCCUGUAUGGAAAGUUUUAAUUUCCAAUUAUCUGGAGCUCGUUGUCUCUAUGGAUUUUCUUCAUCCCAUCAGAAGUGUAUAGAAGUCAAGAUAAAGCCUUACUUUGA